AUGCCCACCCUCCCCCACGAUAUCUGGCUCCAUAUCGCUCAGUUUCUCCCCGUCCUCGUCCUCCGCGAUCUUAUCUCCCUAAACAGCACGUUCUUCGAGAUCGCAAUGGACUGCCGCUAUCGCCAGAUGAGCUUCGCAUACCUCGACAAGCGCAUGUUGCGUGCACUCACCCGUCUCAAAGACCCGGCAGUCGCCAAGCGCGUCCGCAUCCUCCACGUCUAUCCCGGCUUCCUCAAGGACGCCCUCGAACGCGACAAGACCGAGCCAGUCCUCCGCAGAUCCCUCAAAUACCGCCUUGCCGACCUGGGAAACCACCUCCUAGAGCAGCGGCUCUUCCCCAAGCACGCCAAAUCGCGGCUGAUGCACACGCUCAAACGCACCGAAGACGUUGUCCAGAUCAUGCUCGAGGUUCUCAGCGGUCUGCCCAACGUGACCGACUAUUACGUGACUUGGUGCGGGCUGCCUUCGAUAAGUGCGACAGCCGUGCCCUUCCUUUCGACCGUCUUCCAGUCGAAGCUUCGAAAGCUCUCACUCGAACUGUCGCUCGAGAACGUCAGAAACCUUUUAACGCCAUCCUUCCAAGUCCAAAACCUCGAAGAGCUUCAACUCACCAUCCACUCGGAGAACAUCGAGUCAACAUGGGAACGUAAUUGCAUCAUGACGAAGUACCUGGCACCUGCGAUUAGUCGUCUAAACGCGACGUUGCAUACACUCACCAUCCAGUCAUGGGAAGCAGCCGACCUCUCCCCGAUGUUUCGUUCCAUUACCCAUUUACCCGCGCUCGAGCAGCUCGUCGUCGCAAUCCCAGUUGAGCCAAACCACCUCGGAGAUCCGCAAGGCCUGUCCGAGUUCCUCAUCGCCCAUCGCACCAGUCUUCGGACCUUACGCUUGCGGGCAACACAAUAUGGCGGCGCAGGCAUGACGCCUGAUUUAGCAUCAUUCGACAACUGGAUCAGGGAUGCCAUUCACAAUGUCAGCUUGCCAAAAUUGCGUACCCUCGACAUCAGCUCCAACCUCUUCCCAGUCGCCACCUCCGUCGCGUGCCUUGCCCAUUUUUCCUCCACUGUCACCUCGUUGUCGCUGACCGGCAGUUAUCGGACGUACGAGGACAUCGAGAAAGCCGUCAAUAUCGUUUCGGGCCCUAUUAGGGACGAACCAUUAGUCAAGCUGCGCGUCGGCCUCGUCUCGUUAUCGCCCCAGCUCAUCGAUAUGAUUUCCAUGAAGCUCCCAAGACUCGACAGUCUUGAAUUGGUCGUCAGAUACAUCCUGCCGCAUGCUGGCGACCGUCCGGCGUUUCAUCCAGAUGCUCCAAACGAGGGCCAGCUGACUAGCCAAAUCGAUGACUUCCUGUCCAAGAUGCGGGAAAGGAACUAUGCGCACUGGCAGCUCCGCCACAUGUCCGUCCUCGCCGACUCGCUGCCGUUCAGGCCCCAGUACGAGGCCAUCAUGGAACAAACGUUCCUCCAAUGCAUUCCUUCAAUGAGGACCUUCAGAUGA